UAUUAAUAUUCGUGAACUAAAAUUACUUCGGAGAUGAAAGACUUGACAACGUCAAUUUCCAUUGAUAUCAGGAAAUGAACGUUAGAUGUGUUUUUCUUAUAGUUAUUUAUAUUUUUGUCUUAAUUUCUGUUGAGAGCCAACACCGAAGAAAAUGUAAUGAGAAAAUUAACGUCGUUUUAUUUUUUACCGAAAGCUCCAAAGUACCCAUCUCCGAUUUGGGUAUAAGAUUCUUGCAAUUGUACAAAGUUGUGGAAGUAGAGCACAAUGCAGAAGCUGAUAAAAACCACGAUUUUAUUAGUAAAAGACGUGCUGAAAGAUGUAAGGAUAAUUUGAAAGAAAGUCUAGAUUCUUUAACCCUUUUUUGCAAAAAUGCACUUGGCAUGAAUACUGCUAUUGUAACUAUAUCCAGUAGUUCAAUAACAGAAGAUAUUAAAGAAACAAAUUCAAAAAAGUUGCCGAAAUUAAGGAAGAGUCGAAAACGCAAGAAAAAUAUUCCAGGAAUAACAAAAGCAACAAAAGUAACAAAACCCAGUACAAAAGAAAUUAUUUUGAGUCCACAACACACAGAGGUGUUCAAGAUAAGAGUAAAACGGAACACAACAAACGAACAAAACGAAACUGAUAUAAAUUAUAGGUAUACAAAUAAUAAUCAGUUUAUUGGAGCACCUGUAGAUAAGGAUAGAAUGGAACACCCAUGGGAUUCGUUAGAUGUUUGGUCACAUGUUAGGUUUUCAUUUUUCGGAGAUCUAUUUAAAGAUAAGAAAAAAGAAAACCUUUCAAAACAAGAGAACGACAUUUUAACCAAUGGAAUGGUGAACAGAGAAAACGACCGAGGUCUUUUCGAAACGGUUGAGAGUACCUUAAAAAAUCUUCAAGAAAACCCAGAAGCUUUCCUCAUGGUAGUUUUUGGAGGUGAAUUACAAGAAGUGUCCGAUAAAUACAGUCCGUUGGUGCAAACAUUAAAACAUGUUAUCGAAAACACAGAUCCUGAAAAUACACUUAUAGUGUUAACUGGUAAUUGCCCUGAAUUUAAAAAUCCGAAUAAUGGAGUUGUCGAAAUCAACGAAAAUGUUAAAGAGUGUCGGAAUUUGAAUAAAAUCCCCGUUUACGCCAAAGGCCCAAAAUCCGACAAAUUAGGCGAAUGUGUUCUGUUAUACGAUAUUCCUUUGAUUAUAAAGAACAGUUUGGAGGAAUCCUCUCCAAUAUUUGAUGGUAAUCAUUGACUAUUCGUGGAAGUCUGAAAUACUGGAUAUUGUCUUUUGAUAUCAUUU